AUGGUCGUGGCCGGAUUUCCGAACUCCUGUCAGCGCCCACGGGUGUCGCCCGUAUCGACCAGCAGGUUUACGUGGGAAAGUCCUAAGCGCUUUGCUUUGAAACGCGUCUCGACUCAGCCGCUGGCCACCACGUCCACCCUGGUCAAGCUGGGGAAAAGAGUGUUGGUUGCUGUUGAUACCCAUGAUUUGUACACUUUGUCAGGACCAUUUACUUACACUGCAAAGCGACCUUCAGAUAAGUUCAAACCUCUGAAUAAAACAAAGGAGUAUACAGAAUGUGAACUGAUGAACACAUACAAGACUGACAACUGCCUUAAACAUCACUUACACAUCGUUGAAAAUAAACCCCUGUACCCAGUUAUCUAUGAUAGCAAUGGUAUCAUCUUUUCCAUGCCUCUGAUCAUCAAUGGAAAUCAUUCCAAAGUAACCGUAAAUACUAGAAAUGCAUUUAUUGAAUGCAUAGGAACUGACUUUACUAAGGCAAAAAUAGUUCUUGAUAUUAUUGUCACCAUGUUCAGUGAAUAUUGUGAGAAUCAAUUCAUGGUUGAAGCAGUUGGGGUAGCUUUUCCUAAUGGAAAAUCAUUUACCUUUCCAGAACUGGUUUACCGAAAGGAGGUGAUGAGAGCUGACCUAAUUAACAAAAAAGUUGGAAUCAGAGAAACUCUGGAAAAUCUUGCUAAGCUUCUGAUCAGGAUGUCCCUCAUUCUGACCUUAAGGUCAGAAAUCAUUGGUGAUGGGAAUCAGACUGAGAUUAAAAUCCCUCUGACCGGAGCUGAGGUUAUCCAUGCAUGUGACAUUGUAGAAGAUACAGCUAUUGUCUUUGGCUCUAACAACAUUCAGAUGACUCUCUCAAAAACAUACACCAUUGCUAAUCAGUUUCCCUUUAAUAAGCUCACAGAAAUUCUGAGAUACGACAUGGCCGCCGCUGGCUUCACUGAGGCACUUGCCUCUGCUCUGUGUUCCAAGGAAGAUAUUGCUGAUAAACUUGGUUUGGAUAUCUCUGCAACACAGGCAGUCCGUAUAAGUAACCCUAAAAUGGCUGAAUUUCAGAUGGCAUGCACUGCCCUUCUUCCUGGCCUCCUCAAGACCAUAGCAGUGAAUCGGAAGAUGUCCCUUCCUCUAAAACAAUUUGAAAUCUCUGACAUCGUAGUAAAAGAUUCUAGCAAAGAUGUAGGCGCAAGAAACUACAGGCAUCUUUGUGCUGUUUAUUACAACAAGAAUCCUGGGUUUAAGAUCAUCCAUGGGCUCCUGGACGGAAUUAUGCAGCUGCUUGAUGUGCCUCUUGGUGAGAAGAAGGGACAUGUGAUCAAAGCCUCAGAAGGCCCUGCUUUCUUCCCUGGGCCAUGUGCCGAGAUCUUUGCCAGGGGUCAAAGCGUUGGGAAGUUGGGAGUCCUUCACCCUGAUGUGAUCACCGAAUUUGAGCUGACCAUGCCCUGCUCCUCCCUGGAAAUCAACACUGAAUCCUUUUUAUGA